CGUGCGCCAAAGUUGGCCACUUAUACUUUCAACCAGCAAGCAGACGUUAUCAAAACUAGCUGUUGACCACUAAGUAUAUCAAGGCAAAGAAUUAAAUAACCUUUGUCCAUUUACACAUUUGAGUUCAAGGUGUAUCCCCUCCCUUUACACACCACAAACCUCUUCACUAUUGGGGUGUUCUUUUACCCCGGCAUUUCUCUGCAUGUCUAAUAUCACCACUUUUUCUGUUGGAGGGGUUUUAGUAUUUACGAGUUUCUCUGUCUGGGACUACGAUUUUAUAGUUUGAUUUUUUUAUCCUUUUGAGAGAAGACAUUACGUUACAUCCUAUCGGCAAAGACCUACAUUUUCUUGUCUGGACUUUGCGCGAGUAAGAAUUUGGUACCAGUACCCACUUGGUGUUUCUUCAGUAGCUAGAAUGGCUACUUUACAAGGAACAGUGCCUCGAAUGAUGCGCCCUGCGCCAGGCCAGAACUACCCCCGCACUGGAUUCCCUCUGGAAGGACAAUAUGCAGGACCUGAAUAUGUUUAUUGUGGAACAGUAUCAACCCCCCUGGGCCAAGGUCGGGUGAACCAGCUCGGUGGAGUGUUCAUCAACGGGAGGCCGCUGCCAAAUCAUAUCAGACACAAGAUAGUAGAGAUGGCACACCACGGCAUCCGACCCUGCGUAAUCUCGCGACAGCUACGAGUUUCCCAUGGUUGCGUCUCCAAAAUCCUCUGUCGGUACCAGGAGACCGGUUCGAUUCGUCCCGGGGCUAUAGGAGGCAGCAAGCCCAGGCAGGUAGCAACUCCCGACGUGGAGAAGCGGAUUGAGGAGUACAAGCGAGAAAACCCCGGGAUGUUCAGUUGGGAAAUUCGGGACAAGCUGCUGAAGGACGGGGUGUGCGACAGAAGCACUGUUCCUUCAGGUGAGGCUUCAUCUGUCAGUUCCAUCAGCCGAGUUCUGAGGGCCCGAUUCGGCAAGAAAGAUGACGACGACGAUUGUGAUAAGAAGGAUGAAGACGGGGAAAAGAAAACAAAGCAUAGCAUCGAUGGCAUUCUCGGCGAUAAAGGUAAUCGUACAGACGAGGGUUCAGAUGUGGAGUCGGAGCCGGACCUUCCCCUGAAGAGGAAGCAGCGUCGAAGCCGCACCACCUUCACAGCUGAGCAGCUGGAGGAGCUGGAGAAGGCCUUUGAGAGGACACACUACCCAGACAUCUACACCAGGGAAGAGCUGGCCCAGAGGACCAAGCUCACUGAGGCCCGUGUACAGGUGUGGUUCAGCAACAGAAGGGCCAGAUGGCGCAAGCAGGCAGGAGCCAAUCAGCUGGCCGCCUUCAACCACCUGUUACCUGGAGGCUUCCCGCCCACGGGGAUGCCCAGCUUACCUACCUACCAGCUACCUGAGUCCUCGUACCCCGGCACUACACUGUCACAGGAUGGCAGCAGUACGUUGCAUCGGCCCCAGCCCCUGCCUCCGUCCUCCAUGCACCAGGGAGGACUCUCUGACGGCAGCUCCGCCUACGGCCUCUCGUCCAAUCGCCACAGCUUCUCCAGCUACUCAGACAGCUUCAUGAGCCAAUCAGUGGCCAGCAACCACAUGAACCCGGUCAGCAACGGCCUCUCCCCACAGGUGAUGAGCAUCCUGAGUAACCCCAACGUGGUGCCCUCCCAGUCCCAGCAUGACUUCUCCAUCUCCCCCCUCCACGGCAGCCUGGAGUCCUCCAACCCCAUCUCAGCCAGCUGCAGCCAGCGCUCUGACUCCAUCAAGGGGGUGGACAGCCUGGCUUCCUCCCAGUCCUACUGCCCCCCCACCUACAGCGCCACCAGCUACAGCGUGGACCCCGUCACUGCCGGAUACCAGUACAGCCAGUAUGGACAGACUGCAGUUGACUACCUGGCUAAGAACGUGAGUCUGUCCACCCAGAGGAGGAUGAAGCUGGGAGACCACUCUGCUGUCCUGGGACUGCUGCAGGUGGAGACGGGACAGGCCUACUGAAACACCCCAGCCUCCGCCUGGCUCCACCCAGUCUAAACUCAACACCCCACAACAGUACAUACACCACCCUACAGCUGCCCCCCCCACCCUGCUGCCCAACCACUGCACCAGCACACACUCUCUCUCUCCCCACCCAGCAGGCAGUCAGGCUGUGUAAACCUUGGCUCUGCCCCGCCCCUGUGCCCUCCUCACCCCUGAUUGGCUCUGCCCAGAAAACCCAGAGACAUUGGCUCCAGCCAGCAUGGAGAACACACCCCCUGGCUGCAGUCCAGUCUAGUACACACUCAGAGCCAUUUCCAAAUGUACAUUGACCUUGUUGUUUAUAGUAGUUCACUAAGCCAAUGUCAUUCAAAUGAUGAUCCCUCUUGUUUUAUAUCAAUAUUGUUUAUAUUAUUAUUGCUGUUAUGAUUAUGAUUAAUGUGAUUUUGUUUUUGUUUUUUAUUCCCUUCAUAGCUCUUUUUUUCUGUCAGUGUGAAAUGCUAGCAGAUGACUGAGGUGAUGCAUUGUUGUGUGGUGCAGGGUGUGUGUGUGUGUACAUGUGUGUGUACGUUCAUGUGUGUGGUGGCCCAGUCAGAGAGAGAA